AUGGCGAGUGUUCCUGGGGCCACCAGGGCCAUGGCGACCAUGGGGCACGGCAACGGUCCGUCAGUGCCAGUCGCGCAGCGCACGGUGCACACACUGUCAGCUCCACGUCCAAGCGCGGUGGUGCCAGCCGUGCUGGUGGCAGCGGCGGCGGCCAGGCGAUGCUCCAAAGGGCGGGGACCUUUAUGCAGAGCUGCGAAGUCUCAGGAAGUGCUCACACCAGUCAAGGAAGUGAUGGCAGCGCUGGAGGAGGUCAAGGACCCCGGCUUGGGCGACAUCGUCACCAGUGGCUUCGUGGGUGCGAUCAAGGCAGACCGAGUCACGGGGAACAUCUCCCUGGUCUUGGAAGUGGAAGCCUACAAGUCUCAAGUGGAGGAACGUUUGUCGAAGAUACCCUGGGCGAAGACCUUGGACGUCCGCGUGGGAUCCGUGAAGAGUGCUGCGGCCGCCGGAGCAGCCGGAUCUGCCGGAAGCCCUCGGCCCAUGCCACAGAUGCCCAAGAGCUUGGAAAAGGUCAAGAACAUCAUUGCGGUGUCUUCCUGUAAGGGCGGCGUUGGGAAGAGCACGGUGGCCGUGAACCUGGCCUUUGCUUUGCACCAGAAAGGCCACAAGGUGGGCAUCUUUGACUGUGACGUCUAUGGUCCUUCCUUGCCUGUCAUGGUUCGUUUUCAGGAAGAGACUCCCCGAAUGGAGAUGUAUGAAGACGAGAAGAAGGAACGGCACAUCAAGCCCGUCAUCGAUCCCGCCACGGGCAUCAAACUGGUCUCAUUCGGCUACGUGGGGCAUGCCGCAGUGAUGAGGGGCUCCAUGGUGACUGGAGUCAUGUCACAGUUGGUGAACCAAACAGAUUGGGGAGACCUGGACUACUUGGUCUUGGACAUGCCUCCUGGAACUGGUGAUAUUCAUUUGACAUUGUCACAAAUUUGUCAGAUCACGGCCGCAGUGAUCGUGACCACGCCGCAGAAGCUGAGCGUCAUCGACGUGGAGCGAGGGAUCUCGAUGUUUGGCCAGCUGAAUGUGCCUUCAGUGGCAGUCGUUCAGAACAUGAGCUACAUGGCCAUGCCAAAUGGUGAGCGUCAAUACAUUUUUGGCCGAACAGAUGCUGGAUUCAAAAUUGCCGAUACCUUCGGCAUCGAACAGGUCUUCGAGCUGCCCUUGGAGCCCUCGGUGGCCUCCGCUGGUGACCAAGGGAAGCCCUUCGUCGCCGAGGCCACGGAGGCGGCGGAGGAGGUCGGCAAGCUGGCGGACGCGGUGAUCCAGGAGGUGGAAAAGAUCAAGGAGAACCGCACACAACCACAGCUGACCUGGGAUGCGGACAUGAAGGUCUUGCGUUUGCAGCUGGGCGACGAAGAGCUGGGCAUCGAUCCCCGAGAGCUCCGCCUGAGGGACAAGGGUGCUGGAGGAGUGACGCCUCCGCCAGCCGACCUCUUUCCAGCCGAGAUCGUUGACAUGGGAAACUAUGCCGUUGUCAUCAAGUGGAGCGACGGAGUGGUACAAGUGGCACCUCACAAGCAGCUCAUCGAGGGAGAUGAGAAGGGCCCGAUGCCACAUGUAGAGCUGACACCUGCCUGA